UCCCCCAGAGUGCGGGGCUUUCCAGCGCCUAUGGCUGCAUCUAAGGCAGACGCAGAGACGGUCAGAAUGAACGACGAAAUUCAGCUUUUAUAGUCUGUAUUUUUUAUCAGUUGUGCCUAUCAUUCAUUUUUGGACCUUUCUGCUCGCUUUCUGUCCGGGUGGCUGAGAUCUCGGCCUGUAACUGUCUCACAGCCAGCUUGGACUGCACAGGCUCAUUUCGGAUGACCGUGCGGCUUGCAGGAUGGCCGGAGCUUUGAGCAUGGACGAGACGCAGUACCCCAUGAAAAUUUUCGACAGUGAGUUUAUGAUGGACAUCUCCUAUCAACCCUUAAUGCCGUCUUUUGAGAUUAAGAGUGAGCCCUAUGUUCCAGAAACAGUUCAUGGACCUUACUUGCAAAUAAUCGAGGAGCCUAAACAAAGAGGCUUUCGUUUUCGUUAUGAGUGUGAAGGACCUUCUCAUGGUGGUCUACCAGGAGCCUCCAGUGAAAGGAACAGGAGGACAUAUCCAACUGUUAAGGUGUGUAACUAUGUGGGUCACGCUCGUGUGGAGGUGCAGCUCGUAACGCACAUUGACCCCCCUCGUGUACAUGCACACAGUCUCGUGGGAAAACAGUGCAAUGAGAAUGGAACGUGCAGUAUUGAUGUCGGCCCUAACGACCUCACAGCCCAGUUCAGCAAUUUGGGGAUCCUUCAUGUGACUAAAAGAGGAGUUGUUGAUGUUUUGACAAGAAGAUUGCGUGAAGAGAAAAGGAGACUGAAAGAGCCUGGAUAUCAUUUUUCUGAUACGGAGGAGCAGGCUAUCCUGCGAGAAGCAAAAGACUUGGGCAAAAACAUGGACCUUAAUAUUGUGAGGCUAAAGUUCACCGCUUACCUUCAGGACAGCAACGGAGGAUUCACCAGAGCUUUGAAACCAGUGGUCUCCAACCCCAUCUAUGACAGCAAAUCUCCCAACGCGUCCAAUCUAAAGAUCUCGCGCAUGGACAAAACCUGCGGCACAGUGAUGGGAGGAGACGAGAUCUUCUUGCUAUGUGACAAAGUUCAAAAAGAUGAUAUUGAUAUUCGUUUCUAUGAGGAGGAGGAAGAAGGAGGCUGGGAAGCGUUUGGGGAUUUCUCUCCCACCGAUGUUCAUAAACAGUAUGCCAUCGUUUUUAAGACACCUCCAUACCACAAAACGGAGAUUGAGCGUCCGGUCACAGUGUUUCUGCAGCUCAAGAGGAAGAAGGGUGGCGACUGCAGUGAACCCAAACAGUUCACCUACAUCCCACAGAUUCUAGAUAAAGAGGAAGUUCAGAGGAAGAGAAUGAAACCCCUUCCCCAUCCUUACGACCACUGGCGGGGUCCGCAGGGAGGAGCUGGGGGUUUGGGGAGAGGUACAGGGGGCUUUGGAGGUCCUGGAGCAGGAGCAGGUGGAGGAGGAAUGGGAGGAGGUUUCCUGUUUAAUAAUCAAUUAGAUGGGACAGGUUACUAUACUGGAGGCUGUGGAGGCUUUGGAGGAGGGGCACAGAUGUCAGGAUCUUCUCCACAAUCAUCAAAAGCUCAGGAGCAGCCCGCUGGCUCACCCGAGCAGCAGCGACUUCUUCAGAUUGAUAAAGAGGAAGUUCAGAGGAAGAGAAUGAAACCCCUUCCCCAUCCUUACGACCACUGGCGGGGUCUGCAGGGAGGAGCUGGGGGUUUGGGGAGAGGUACAGGGGGCUUUGGAGGUCCUGGAGCAGGAGCAGGUGGAGGAGGAAUGGGAGGAGGUUUCCUGUUUAAUAAUCAAUUAGAUGGGACAGGUUACUAUACUGGAGGCUGUGGAGGCUUUGGAGGAGGGGCACAGAUGUCAGGAUCUUCUCCACAAUCAUCAAAAGCUCAGGAGCAGCCCGCUGGCUCACCCGAGCAGCAGCGACUUCUUCAGAUUGCCACAGUCCUGCAAAACCGAACCACUGUAGCAGCCAAGCACAGCGCCAGGGUCCUGCUGGAGUACUGCAGUACAGGGGAUGUGCGUCUCCUUCUUGCCAUGCAGAGACAGCUGUGCGGAGUGCAGGACGAGAAUGGAGACACGCCCUUACAUUUGGCCAUUAUCCACCAGCAGCCAGCGGUGGCCCUUCAGCUCAUCCAGACUAUCGUGAACACCCCUCAAAGCAAAGUCAUCAACAAGUUGAACAAGCUCAGCCAGGCUCCACUGCAUUUGGCUGUUAUCACAAAGCAGCCGAAGUUGGUGGAAGUCUUGUUGAAAGUGGGGGCAGACCCAAGUUUGCUGGACAGAGAUGGGCGUACAGCUGUGCACCUGGCUGCUUAUACCGGAGAUGACAGUAUAUUGAGAGUGCUCCUGGGCCUGCUGGGAGAACGCCACGCCCAUCUAAUCAAUACCGCAGACUUCUUGGGCCUGUAUCCUCUGCAUCUGGCUAUAAGAAAGGGAGGAGAGCGGUGUUCGCGUGUUCUGGUUGAGGCUGGGGCUAAAAUCAACAUGCCUGAGCAGAAGAGCGGCUGCACAGCGCUGCACCUCGCCGUGAAGGACAACCUCUUCAAAGUGGCCUGCACUCUCAUCACUGAGCUAAAGGCAGAUGUUAAUGCGUGCACGUUUGGAGGGAACAGUCCACUCCACCUGGCAGCCAGUCUGGGUUCUCCACCUCUCUGCUCCAUGCUCAUAGCAGCAGGUGCCGAUAAACGCCUGGAGAACGACGAGCCUCUCUUCUGCUCCUCAUCCUCCUCUGAUGAAGAAGAGCUGGGUGAAAGGAGAGACAAUGAAGAAAAAGGGCCAAUCCAGAAAGAUAUGAUUGAGCAAGUACAAGAAAUGACGAUAUCGUCUGAGAGAUGCAGAGUUAACCCACGCAAGAGACCAGCAGCUGGACACACCCCCUUCGACCUGGCUAACUGCCAAAAGGUUAAAGAUCUGUUGGACGGCAGAAUGAGUCCAAAGCCUAGUCAUCAUUUAACCAAGAAGACAAAAAAGAGCACUGAAGAUGUGGGCCAGUCUCUGGAUGAUGAGAUGGUCAGCAAACUGUGUGGGAUCCUCACUCAAAGCCAAGUGCCCUGGAGAGAUCUGGCAGAGAAACUGGGCAUGCUCACGUUGGCAGAUUUGUACCAAAGGAGCUCCUCCCCCUGUCAGAAACUUCUAGAAAACUACAAGAUCAGUGGUGGUCCAUUGGAGGGGCUGGUGGAUGCACUGCAGUCUCUUGGAUUGAGUGAAGGGGUCCAACUGCUUAGAGCAAGCCAACCCAGAGAGGAUAAACAGAGCACAGACGCAACAGUGGACAGCGGCUUCGGUAGUCAGGAGGCAGAGAGUCCCGCUAUAGCCAACCACUGAUCAGCAUGAUUUCAAGCCUUCAACUGCUUCUGGUUGAUGUUUUGAAGUGCCAGCAUAGGGCAUUUGUCUUCCUCGGCUGAUGUCACAGUGCCCAUUUGGUGACCUGUCUUUGCUCACAGGCUUUUUAUGCUGUGAGAGACCCAAUAAGUCGAAAUGAGGACAUUGUUAGGAAAGGUGCUCUCACUGCUCUCUCUAAUGCAUUCUCAAAGUGUGAGAGGAAACAUUAGCACUCAUUUCUGUGCUGGAAAUCGCCAGAUAAACUGGUUUUUGUCUGUCAGUUUCUGGAAAAGUCUUGAGGGGAGAUGCUGAUGUAUCUGUGCGAGUCUGAAAUUGUGUCGAUUGCAGAAUAAGAUUUUGUUUGUUUAUGGAUUGCCAAUGUUUUGAAUUAGUACAUUACUAAUACUGUGUAUUUAUGAGAUGUCAGCUAUUCGCCUGUGCAAUAAAUCUGUGCUUUUUGUUUGCGUUUUUGAUAUUGACAUUGUACAUCUAUGUGUUUGCUGUUAUUGCUGUCAAAAGAUUAAAUAUAUUUUGAAAAAUAA